ACCUGAUUGGUCGUAUGCUCGUACCCCUUUUACUUUAACGUUUAACAUGUUGGUUGACAUUUUUCUAAAGAAAUUGGGCAUGUUGUUGACUUGUUUAUUCGACACUCUCUCGCUUCAAAUUACUCACAAAUCUGAGAAAGUUUGAUGCAAAUCCCAGCUGAAACCACACAAUAGACUACACUGAUAUCCACUCAUUAAUAGCAUGACGGAGAUUACGAAUGUUUCUGAAUAUGAAAAGUUGGCAAAAGAGAGACUGCCCAAGAUGAUAUAUGAUUAUUAUGCAUCAGGUGCUGAAGAUCAAUGGACCCUUAAAGAGAACAAAAAUGCAUUUUCGAGGAUUUUGUUCCGGCCUCGAGUCCUUAUUGAUGUAAGCCAAAUUGAUAUUACAACAACUAUCUUGGGCUUCAAGAUUUCCAUGCCAAUCAUGAUUGCUCCUUCAGCAAUGCACAAAAUGGCUCAUCCAGAGGGAGAACUUGCAACAGCGAGGGCAGCAUCCGCUGCAGGCACAAUUAUGGCAUUGUCUACAAUGGCCACAUCUAGUGUUGAGGAAGUUGCCUCAACUGGACAUGGAGUUCGAUUUUUUCAGCUCUAUGUAUUGAGAGACAGGAGUGUCGUGGCACAGCUUGUUAAACGAGCUGAGAAGGCUGGUUUUAAAGCUAUUGUUCUGACAGUUGAUACACCCAGGAUAGGUAGAAGGGAGGCUGAUAUUAAGAACAGAUUUGUUCUCCCACAACACUUGACAUUAAAGAACUUUGAGGGGAUGGAUCUUGGUAAUAUUGCUCUUUAUGUGAGUACUGAAGACUCUGGAUUAGCUUCAUAUUUUGCUUCACAAGUUGACCGGUCAUUGAAUUGGAAGGAUGUAAAGUGGCUUCAGAACAUAACUAAGUUGCCGAUUUUGCUUAAAGGAGUUGUUACUGCUGAGGACGCGAGACUGGCAGUUGAAGCAGGUGCAGCCGGAAUCAUUGUUUCCAACCAUGGAGCUCGACAACUUGAUUAUGUUCCUGCAACUAUCAUGGCUUUGGAAGAGAUUGUGAAAGCUGUGCAGCGCCAAAUUCCUGUUUUCUUGGAUGGUGGUGUUCAUCGUGGCACAGACGUUUUCAAAGCAUUGGCACUUGGCGCAUCUGGAGUAUUUAUUGGAAGGCCAGUAGUUUUUUCAUUAGCAGUUGAUGGAGAAGCUGGAGUUCGAAAAGUGCUUCAAAUGCUUCAUGAUGAAUUUGAGCUCACCAUGGCAUUGAGUGGAUGUCGAACAAUCGAGGAGAUAACUCGUAAUCAUGUCAUGAUGGAAUGGGAAACUCCCCGGAUUUCCCCCAAGUUAUAAGUUGGUCCAACACUAUUAUUACCUACUUCCUGUGAAAGAUUGGUUUUCAUUCACGACUCUUAUGAAAAUUAGGAAUCAGGAGUCGGUGCCAAAUAAGGAUUGUUAGUUGUAUACUUCUAUAUACAUGACGAUUAUUUACAAGUUAUACUCAAAAUAAUGUAAUAAACACAUGUAUUGCUGCUUGCCGUUCUUGGUUAAAAUAAAGUCCAAAGUGCUGAUGCGCCGGGCUAUUGAUAA